AAAUCCCGCAGCACUUGUGUCUUCUUGUGGUCGCGUUGGAGCCAGAUAAGCGUUGACGGACGACACUGGAUUUAUUUUUAAUACAUGUAUCGAUUUGCAGCAUUUAAAAGUACUUUCUUUCAUAUAGCCUGUAUACCAAAACAUUACUUUUCUUAAAUACAUUUGAGGAGUGUUGUCGCCUGCGCAUAGCCGUCGGACUGGCCUAUUCGCAUUGUUUUUUUGGGCGACAGUUAUCCAGCAACAGAGCGAGUCAGGAAGAGAGAGGGCCACUUAUUCCACCAGCCUCUUUAGACCGACCGGAGAUAAAUCGAGGAUAACAUUCGUAAUUAGAAACAGUUACGUAACCAGGUAAAAGUGGACAGUCACGGAUACGUCUGGUAUCCAACAACAAGUUAACCUUCAGCCUGUCAUUAUUUUAUUUUGGUGAUCUUAUACCGAGAAAAUUACCGUCCGUGUUCAUGCCAGAUCUGCAGCGCUUUAGUUUUCCAUAUCAUAGCAUGAAUCCUUUGUUAGGGGCGAACUCACUUCUCCAACAUCAACAGCAACAGAAUCAAGGAGGACAGAGUCAUCCUGAUUCCCCCUCAGGCCUUCUGCCCGAAGCCGUCUUCGGCUCGCCCGACCCGACGUCUUUCUUCCUAGGCGACCAUCCCGGACUGGGCACGGAGACUCUGCCAGGGUUCGAUUUCACCACACCCUCACAAGCUUACCUGCAUCUGAACCAUAAUAACCACUCUUAUCAUCGGUCUGUGCCCCAACCCCCUGCAGCGAUGGCCCUGAGGAACGACCUGGGCUCCAAUAUCAGUGUCCUAAAGACUCUGAACUUACGGUUCCGAUGCUUUCUGGCCAAAGUGCAUGAACUGGAGCGAAGGAAUAAGAUUUUGGAGAAACAACUACAACAGGCGUUGGAUGCGAAGAACAGCUGUGAUGGAGGUUGUUCUGAAAGCGCUAGAAGGGCCCAUACCCAAGAGAUAGGUGUACAGACCGGGUUUGUGGGAACUAUUCCGCUCAGGCCUGGGUCACUCCCGUUCCAAAACACCAACAACUCCGCAAGACGACCCACUACCCUCUUCACACCUCCCCUCAACACUGUCCUCACGCUUGAGUCCAACAACAAAGCUGAAACAAACCCCAGCGAACCGAAUCAGAAUCCGACCAUCACAAUAAGCCUAUCAACCCCGACAAUCAACUCUCCAGCUGGGUCCAAUUCGAUCACCAACGGGAAAACGGUUUUCAGUACUGGAACUGGAACCCCCACCAACCCGCCUCCCCGGUUCCUCCCCGGUACUAUCUGGUCCUACAACCAUACCCGCAAGCUCGGUUCUGGCGUGGAGACGCGCGUCACCAGCCCCGGUGUGUCCUGGGUCCAGCCGGAUGGGGUCGGGGUCCAGAUUGAUACCAUCACCCCGGAGAUCAGAGCCCUGUACAACGUCCUGGCCAAAGUCAAGAGGGAGCGGGACGAGUACAAACGCAGGUAAAUAGGAUCAACCUGUUUGUUGAUUUAUUCACCAACGUAAGGCCUAAUAAAUGUGUGUGCCUGACGCGUGUAAAGGCGCACAGUGACCUAGAGUUGUGAUUAUACGUCUCUUGGCAAAAGUCAGUUGAUGUAACUUAGUGAAACUAUAAUAGGCCUACAUGUAUCAUUUUGCUCAUGCUACAUGGGUGGAGUGGAAGGCCCUAUUACAACAGAUGGCCUUUGAGAGCAGCUGUGUCCAACCUGUGUUCUGUCUAUUUCUGCCACAGCCCACACCAUUCUUAUUGCUAGAGAGGCAGAGGGCCUUCAGUCAAACGGCAGCUGGGUGAAAUACCAAACAUUAUCAGACCAUAACUGACUCAGAAUGAAGUCAUCUAAUUGAGAUCCAACACAGGAAGGCUCUGUUUCAACAAUCACACCAAUGCUUUUGAAGUUCAAAGACCUUUGAACUCUUGAGUUUGCCACUAGCAAGUGGACUCCAGACCUAGGUCAAAUAUAUAUGAGGUAUGCUUGAUUUAGCUGUUUGUACUUUUGGGAUUACUCCAUUGAUUUUGUACUUUUGGGACUAUUCAAUUGGAACCAGGCAAACUAUAUAAAUCAAGCACAGCUCAAGUAUUUGAAGAUUUGAUUUAUGGUUUGGCUUGGGGAAGGAAUAUUUGCUUAGCGCCCAUUUAGAAAAAAAGGGGAACGGGCCAUGUCUUGCAAACACAGUCACAGGAAUUCGUGCACCUCUGCAAUUAUGAAAUGGCUGCAGUUUGUAUUCUGUGACAGAACUAGGCCCCGGGCCGCUGAUUUGUGGCGCUAGCAACAGCAGGGCUGUGGCUUCGAUUCACGUUGUACAGGUCACAUAGACAUGGUCUAUACUGAAGGUAUGACCAUAUGUUGAUUUGGAUAAACAUAUUUCAGAGAAAAUGCCAUACCCAAUGAAUGUAAGGUGAUAGACAAGCAUGUGUGUCCCAUUAGAAAGGAUGGGUAGGGUCAGGGAUUGGUUUGGGAUCGGGAGGACCUGGGACAAGUGUGUGUUUGUGUCUGUUUUGUUUGUUUGUGACCUUACUGCCAUCUCCAAGUGAAUCAAGUCCAGGCUUGUCUCACCUUCAGACAUCCAUAUAUCUGAUAGCAUCCAUAAUGUACAGUCAUUGAUGUGAUUUAUAUGGAGGACUAAAAGUGCCACAAUUAAAUAAAUAAAUACACCAUUAAAUAAUUACUUAAAUGUGUCAUUAAUUAAUUAAAAUUAGAAUUAAAUACAUAAAUGUGUUAUUAAAUGUGUCAUUAAUUAAUUCAAAUACCGAUUCAUUUUAUGUAAAAUACAUAUAUAAUAAUUUCACUAUUUACAUUUACAUUUCAUGAUCCUGCAUUGCAGUGAUUCAUGAAUUACUUAAAACUGUCAAACUGACCCAUCAAAAGUUGGUAGGCGGAACCUAACGCCUGAUUGGUUACCCUCUGCAUCAAGCCAAGACAAAUCAAUUCCGGAUAAUGUCAGCAGGUCCUGCUUCUACAUCCUCUGCUAAGUUUAAAAUGUCUCUAACCAACUCCCUGGAAAGUUGACGGAGAUCCUCCAUUGUCUCUAUCCAGGUUGGCCUACUCUACUUCAGACCAAAGCAAUGGAUCAGACUAGAUUCGGCCUCCAGUGUAGUGAAAUAAUGUUAUCGCUGUCAUUGGGACCACCCAUAUGUAAAAAUGUAUGCAAACAUGACUGUAAGUCGCUUUGGAUAAAAGCGUCUGCUAAAUGGCAUAUUAUUAGUCUGUUGUUGUAGCAAUGCAGUUAAAUCUACCUGCAGGCAAAACGUAGAGAGAGGGAAACCCACUGGUGUAUUCAUUCACUUCAAAGAGGUAGUUUCAGUAUAAGAUCCACCCCCUUCCUUCCCUCUCCUCCACUCUUCUCCUCCACUUCUCUUCCCCUGCCCUGUCCCUUGUUCUCUCCAUCUGUCCAUUCAUGUUGCUAUUCAUUGUUCCCUCUUUCUCAUUGGAUAGUUCUCUCAUACCCCUCUUACUGUCUCCCUUCUUUCCCUGACCUGCUGUUUGGGAUUAUCACCUCUCUCUCUCUGUCUCUCUCUAUAUAUGUCUCUCUCUGUCUCUCUCUGUCUCUCUCUCUGUCUCUCUCGCUGUCGCUCUCUCUCUCUGUCUCUCUCUCGCUGUCGCUCUCCGCUCGCUCGCUCGCUCUCUGAAAUCAAAUCAAAUGAGGCUUCAUUGGCAUGGGAAACAUGUUUACAUUGCCAAAGCAAGUGAGAUAAACAGUAAACAAAAGUGAGAAGAGACAAUAUCAACAAAAAACGAUUAGAAAUGAACAGUAAACAUUGCACUCACAAAGGUUUGAAAAAUAUAUACAUUUUAUUUCAUGUGUUAUACUGUAUUAUCAGCUAUGUACAGUGUUGUAUCAAUGCGCAAUUGGUUGUAGUACGAAUAGUAGGGGAAGAUAAAUCAAUGUUUGAUUAGUUUUCAAAUUCUUUGUGGGUCCGUGUGAUCUGUGGGAAAUAUGUGUCUCUAAUAUGGUGAUACCUUUGGCAGGAGGUUAGGAAGUUUAGCUCAGUUUCCACCUCAUUUUGUGGGCAGUGUGCACAUAGCCAGGUCUGCCUAUGGCGGCCUCUGUCAAUAGCAAGGCAAUGCUCACUGAGUCUGUACAUUUUGGGUCAGUCACAGUGGUCAGAUAUUCUGCCACUGUGUACUCUCUGUUUAGGGCCAGAUAGCAUUCCAAUUUUCUCCGUUUUUUGGUUGAUUCUUUCCAGUGUGUCAAAUAGUUUUCUUUUUGCUUUCUCAUAAUUUGGUUGGGUCUAAUUGUGUUUCUGUCCUGGGGCUCUGUGGGGUCAGUUUGUGUUUGUGAACAGAGACCCAGAAACAGCUGGCUGAGGUGACUCUUCUCUAGGUUAAUCUCUCUGUAGGUGAGGGCUUUGUGGUGGAAUGUGUGGGCAUCGCUUCCUUUUAGGUGGUUGUAGAAUUUAACAGGUAUUUUCUGCAUUUUGCUAACUAGCGGGUAUAGUCAUAAUUCUGCUAUGCAUGCAUUGUUUGGGGUUUUGCGUUGCACACAAAGUAUAUUUUUGCAGAAUUCUGCGUGCAGUGUCUCAAUUGGGUGUUUGUCCCAUUUUUGAGAAUUCUUGGUUGGUGAGUGGAUCCCAGACCUCACAACCAUAGAGAACAAUGGGUUCUAUUACUGAUUGGGAUGUUGAGUUUUAUGUUCCUUUUGAUGGGGUAGAAGGCCCAUCUUGCUUUGUCUCUCAGAUUGUUCACAGCCUUGUGGAAGUUACCUGUGGUGUUGAUGUUUAGGCCGAGGUAGGUAUAAUUCGUUGUGUGCUCUAGGGCAACGGUGUCUAGAUAUCAUUUUCUAUUUGUUGUCAUGGCUUCUGGACCGUUUUUGGAACACCAUUAUUUUUGUCUUACUGAGAUUCACUUUCAGGGCCCAAGUCUGACAGAAUCUGUGCAGAAUAUCUAGGUGCUGCUGUAGGCCCUCCUUGGUUGGGGACAGAAGCACCAGAUCAUCUGCAAACCGUAGACAUUUGAUUUCUGAGUCCAAUAGGGUAAGGCCUGGUGCUGCAGGCUGUUCUAGUGUCCUGCCAAAAGCUGUUUUGAAAUCAACAAAGCAUGAGAAGACUUUACCUUUAUUUUGGUUUGUUUGUCAGUAAGGGUGUGCAGGGUGUAUACGUGGUCUGUCGUAUGGUAUUUUGGUAGAAAGCCAAUUUGACAUUUGCUCAGGACAUUGUUUUCACUGAGGAAAUGUUGGAGUCUGCAGUUGAUGAUGGUGCAGACGAUAUUUCAGAGAUUGCUGUUGACGCAGAUUCCACUGUCAAAUUUGUCUCCACUUUUGUGGAUUGGGGUGAUCAGAGUUUAAGAAUAGCCUAUUUGAAUUUGUGGUCUGUAUAUUAAAUCAUUUUGUUUAGUAUACCAUUAACACCACAGGCCUGUAGCUCAUCCAAUGUAAUUUGAUAAUCUAAAGGUUCUGGUAGUCUUUAAUAGCUGAUUCUAAGUUUAGUAAAUUAUCAUGUAUAUGUUUUUGCUCUUGGUUCUUUGUUAAAUGGCUGAAAAGGUUGGAGAAGUGGUUUAUCCAUACAUCUCCAUUUUGGAUAGAUAGCUCUUCGUGUUGUUGUUUGUUUAGUGUGUUCCAAUUUUCCCAAAAGUGAUUUGAUUCUAUGCAUUCUUCAAUCACAUUGAGCUGUUUUCUGAAAUGCUGUUCCUUCUUUUUUUUUUUUUCUGUAUUUCUGUAUUGUUUUAGUGUUUCACCAUAGUCAAGGUGUAAGCUAAGGUUUUCUAGGUCUCUGUGUUUUUGGUUGGAUAGGUUUCUCAAUUUCUUUCUUAGGUUUUUGCGUUCUUCAUCAAACCAUUUCUCAUUGUUGUUAGUUUUCUUAGGUAUUCUGCUUGAAUUUAAAUUUGAUAUGUUAGCUGAUAUACUGUUCUGUUCUGUUCUGGCUUCUUAUUGCUAAGUUUACACCUGGGACUCCUGAGUGGCGCAGUGGUCUAAGGCACUGCAUCGCAGUGCUAACUGUGCCACUAGAGAUCCUGGUUCGAAUCCAGGCUCUGUCACAGCCGGCCGUGACCAGGAGACUCAUGGGCGGCGCACAAUUGGCCCAGCGUCGACCAGGGUAGGGGAGGGAAUGGCCGGCAGGGAUGUAGCUCAGUUGAUAGAGCAUGGGGGGCCAGUAUAAAAAAAUAUGUAUUCACUAACUGUAAGUCGCUCUGGAUAAGAGCGUCUGCUAAAUGACUAAAAUGUAAAUGUAAAAUGUUCACUAUUGCAGGGAAACAUUUUGUCCAGGAAGUUGUCUAGGAGUGCAACUCCACGAGGCUCCAUGCAAGAUCUCACCUCGUGGAGUUGCAAUGAUCAUGAGAACGGUGAGGAAUCAGCCCAGAACUACACGGGAUGAUCUUGUCAAUGAUCUCAAGGCAACUGGGACCAUAGUCACCAAGAAAACAAUUGGAAACACUUCACUACGCCGUGAAGGACUGAAAUCCUGCAGCGCCCGCAAGUUCCCCCUGCUCAAGAAAGCACAUAUACAGGGCCGUCUGAAGUUUGCCAAUGAACAUCUGAAUGAUUCAGAGGAGAACUGGGUGAAAGUGUUGUGGUCAGAUGAGACCAAAAUCGAACUCUUUGGGAUCAACUCAACUCGCCGUGUUUGGAGGAGGAGGAAUGCUGCCUAUGACCCCAAGAACACCAUCCCCACCGUCAAACAUGGAGGUGGAAACAUUAUGCUUUGGGGGUGUUUUUCUGCUAAGGGGACAGGACAACUUCACCGCAUCAAAGGGACGAUGGACGGGGCCAUGUACCGUCAAAUAUUGGGUGAGAACCUCCUUCCCUCAGCCAGGGCAUUGAAAAUGGGUCGUGGAUGGGUAUUCCAGCAUGACAAUGACCCAAAACACACGACCAAGGUAACAAAGGAGUGGCUCAAGAAGAAGUGCAUUAAGGUCCUGGAGUGGCCUAGCCAGUCUCCAGACCUUAAUCCCAUAGAAAAUCUGUGGAGGGAGCUGAAGGUUUGAGUUGCCAAACGUCAGCCUCGAAACCUUAAUGACUUGGAGAAGAUCUGCAAAGAGGAGUGGGACAAAAUCCCUCCUGAGAUGUGUGCAAACCUGGUGGCCAACUACAAGAAACGUCUGACCUCUGUGACUGCCAACAAGGGUUUUGCCACCAAGUACUAAGUCAUGUUUUGCAGAGGGGUCAAAUACUUAUUUCCCUCAUUAAAAUGCAAAUCAAUUUAUAACUUUCUUGACAUGCGUUUUUCUGGAUUUUUUUGUUGUUAUUCUGUCUCUCACUGUUCAAAUAAACCUACCAUUACAAUUAUAGACUGAUCAUGUCUUUGUCAGUGGGCAAACGUACAAACUCAGCAGGGGAUCAAAUACUUUUUUCCCUCACUGUAGGUGUUUGUCUCCCUGUCUGCUAAGAGUGUCGGGUUCUUGUCCACUUCUGGUAUUUAGGUCGCCACAGACUAGUACAUGUCCCUGGGCCUGGAAAUGGUUGAUCUCCCCCUUUAGGAUGGAGAAGGUGUCAUCAUUAAUGUAUGGGGAUUCUAGUGGGGAGAUAUAGGUACCACACAGGAGGACAAUUUUCUCUGUUGAGAUAAUUUCCCUAUUUAUUUCCAACCAGAUGUGAAAUGUUCCUGUUUUAAUUAAUUGAAUAGUGUGGUUUAGGUUAUGUCUGAUCUAUACCAAAUCAGCACUCACUUUCACUCUUGCUCUCUCUCGCUCUCCACUGCCAGCUCCACUCUACUCUCCUCUCCUCAGCCCCCCUCCCCCACCUCCUCUCUUUCUCCCUCUCCCCUCUCUCUCUCUCCCCAACUGCAUGCGGCCAUGCGGCUUCCCCUCCACCUAGUAUCUGCAAUGCAGUAUACUCUGCAAGGUAGGCAGUAAUUGCUGGAAAAGGGAGGUGGCUUCCAAAGAGAGCUCAGCUCAUCUUUCCCUUCCCUCUCUCCCUCUCCCUCACUCCCUCUCUCCCUCUCCCUCACUCCCUCUCCCUCUCUCCCUCUCCCUCACUCGCUCUCUCCCUCUCCCUCACUCCCUCUCUCCCUGUCCCUCACUCUCACCUUACCCAUCUAUCUCAAUCACAACAGUGUGCACAAUGGCACAAAAACGUCUCUCUGUACACUAUAUAACCUCUAUUCGUUUUAAGAGCAGUUUGGUAAAGGCUCCGACAUGUCGCAGUAUUGUGCAUUUUAAGCAGCAAUUAUAUAAGUGGCAGUGCUGUGCAGUGGGGUCUGUGUGGUGUGUUGAGUCACUGAAUCAGCCAUCAUAGUUGUAACAUGUCAACUGUACAGGCUUUUAAUGAGAUUACUGUUCACUAGAUUGAUGGUGCUGUCUGACCAGGGGUUUCAGACAUAGACACACACACACACACACACACACACACACACACAGUUAAUAGUUAUUAUUAUGAUGUCGCCAUUUCACUCUGUCAUAUACUUCACAUGUAUUUUUGUUGUGUAGGUGGGAGGAGGAGUACACUGUCAGAGUGGACAUGCAGCAGAAGAUGGAAGACCUACAGGAGGUAACACUGCCUCUGUGUGUGUGUGUGUGUGCCUGGCCUCUCUUAUUGAUUGAUACAUAGGAGGUAAAUGUAUCCCCCUCUUUCUGUUACACCUAUUCUCUGUUGAUUGGCAGGGACAAGAACAAAGCCAUGUCAGCAUAUCAAACAUGACAACAAGACAUUACAUUGAAAUGUUUAGGUGCUCAAUGCUUGUAGACACAAAGGCCCACCUCACUGAUCUAUACACUAACUUAGGGCGUGGGGCCAGAAGCGCAGUGUUGUCUGACGCUGUGUCUGAGGUUCUGGCAGUGUUGACACAUUUGACAUUGCCCUGAUGCAUGCGAAACAAUCUAAUUCAAUUGCUUGUGUGAAACAGCUCAAUUUAAUUGUGCGCAAACCACUAACCUAAUAUAAUAUGUUUAUAAACAGCUAACAUAAUAGUACUGUAGGCUAUGUAAAUGCCUAACCUACUAGUUAGAUGCUCCACCCAUGACAUUCGUCAUACGUGUUAUAGACAGCAGCUGACUGUCAUGAUCAAACAGCCAAAUGAUUGAGUAGCUAUUUGAGGAAGUGAUGUAGCUACUUACGCACAUACAGAAUUAUUGAAUUACAGCAACAAUAUCAACUCCCCAAAAUGGCACCCAUUGGUCCCCGUCAGAGUGAAUUACUUCAUCUGAAAGUCAUUUGUACUUCCUACUUCCUCUUUCGGUGAGCGUAUGAAGCUGAGCCAGGUGGGGCUCUGGUUUCUCAGGUUUGUUGUGUGUGCGAAUGUGUGAGGAUGCAACUGCAGGGGACAUCUAUCUGAUCCAGUUAGACAGGCUCGGUUGAGCCAACAGGAGACCACAUGGCAUGCAGCAAAGUUCCACUUUACAUUCAACUAUCCAUGCAGAAAAAUGUACAAGAGAUACACAAAGAAACACUCAGGGACGAAUCAAGUCAAGUUACCUUAUUUCCUUUGCAGCUCAGACACAAUCAACUUUUAUACUUUUAUGUCUAGUCAUACCUCAGGAAGAAGUUCUGCAAAAUAUUAUGGCUAGUAGUUUACGGAAUCAAAUACUUCAUAGAAAAGAGGGAGAAUUAUAUCAACAAUAUAAUCCAAGGCACUCGUGAGAUUAAGUAGGCAGGGUUGUCAAUGUAUAAUCUGUGGAUAUGUUUGUGUGUUGUUGUACUUAGGGUAAGAACAUCUAUCCUUACACUGUAAAGAGAAUAUAUAUAAUCAUCAUGGACAGAUUAUAGUGUUGUACUUUGGAUUUGAAGUGAGAUUUGAGUUAAGUUGAGUCAAUAUAGAAUGUUGUACUGUUUGUCCUUACCCUGAGUUGGUCCAUAUAUAAUGUUGUACUGUUUGUCCCUACCCUGAGUUGGUCCAUAUAGAAUGUUGUACUGUUUGUCCCUACCCUGAGUUGGUCCAUAUAGAAUGUUGUACUGUUUGUCCCUACCCUGAGUUGGUCCAUAUAUAAUGUUUUACUGUUUGUCCCUACCCUGAGUUGGUCCAUAUAGAAUGUUUUACUGUUUGCCCCUACCCUGAGUUGGUCCAUAUAUAAUGUUGUACUGUUUGUCCUUAUCCUGAGUUGGUCCAUAUAGAAUGUUUUACUGUUUGUCCUUACCCUGAGUUGGUCCAUAUAUAAUGUUUUACUGUUUGUCCCUACCCUGAGUUGGUCCAUAUAUAAUGUUUUACUGUUUGCCCUUACCCUGAGUUGGUCCAUAUAUAAUGUUUUACUGUUUGCCCUUACCCUGAGUUGGUCCAUAUAUAAUGUUUUACUGUUUGUCCCUACCCUGAGUUGGUCCAUAUGGAAUGUUUUACUGUUGGUCCAUAUAGAAUGUUGUACUGUUUGUCCCUACCCUGAGUUGGACCAUAUAUAAUGUUGUACUGUUUGUCCCUACCCAGAGUUGGUCCAUAUAGAAUGUUUUACUGUUUGUCCCUACCCUGAGUUGGUCCAUAUAUAAUGUUGUACUGUUUGUCCCUACCCUGAGUUGGUCCAUAUAUGUUGAUGUUGUCCCUACCCUGAGUUGGUCCAAUGAAGUUUACUGUUGCCCUACCCGAGUUGGUCCAUAUAGAAUGUUGUACUGUUUGUCCCUACCCUGAGUUGGACCAUAUAUAAUGUUGUACUGUUUGUCCCUACUCUGAGUUGGUCCAUAUAGAAUGUUGUACUGUUUGUCCCUACCCUGAGUUGGUCCAUAUAGAAUGUUUUACUGUUUGUCCCUACCCUGAGUUGGUCCAAUAGAAUGUUGUACUGUUGUCCUACCCUGAUGGUCAAUAUAAGUGGGUACUGUUUGUCCCUACCUGAGUUGGUCUAUAGAAUGUUUUACUGUUUGUCUCGCUGGUUGGUCAACAUUAUCUGAUUUGCCAGGAAGGGUGGCUGAGCUGUUUCAGGAUGUGUGUGAGUGGUGGGCUUGUGUGUGUGUGUGUGUUUGUGCUUGCCUGCAGGCGUUUGUGCGUGUACGUGUACGUGUGUGCAUAGACAUGCAUCUCAUGGUUAUGUGUGUGUGUGUUUGUAGGACCUCCAGGAGAGUGAGGGCUGUCAGGAUGAGUUGGCUGUCAGAGUGCAGCAGCUGAAGGCUGAACUGGUGCUCUUCAAAGGCCUCAUGAGCAACGUGAGUCUAUAUCCACAAAGUUCCUCUCAACAUGCACCUAGUCUUAUUACCACACUUCACAGAACCAUCAUCAACAACAUGUAUACAUCUUUCUCCCAUAUACACACAGCCUCAUACUGUCCUGAUCUGACUGCACACAAAUCAUCUGCUCAUCUAUUACCCUUUUACCCUCAAUAUUGUCUAGUUCAUUCUCCUGUCCCACUGGGUCCCCUAGUCUGAUUCUCACACUCUACACAGAGAUCACUCCUGGUCUGGUUAGGAUGAUAACUGUUACUAGGAGACCGUAACCACCUCUCUCUGUGCAGAACAUGUCUGAUCUGGACAGUAAGAUCCAGGAGAAGGCCAUGAAGGUGGACAUGGACAUCUGUAGACGCAUCGACAUCACGGCUCGCCUGUGUGACGUGGCCCAGCAGAGGAACUGUGAGGAUGUCAUCCAGAUGUACCAGGUAGUCUGUCUGUCUGUCUGUCGGUCUGUUGGUCUGUCGGUCUAAGUCUAAGUCUAAGUCUCUCCUCUCCUAGGUCCCUAACACCCAGUCUGCCAUCAACUGUCGCCCCCGGAAACAGACCCCGCUGUACGUCAACGGUAGUGAGGGUGAUGAAACUAUCAGCACCUCAGAGAGCGAUGGGGGCCUGCCCAGAGAGGAGGAGCUCUGUGGCUCGUCAGCCAAUCAGAUCAACGAGGAAAUGCAGAGGAUGCUCAACCAGCUGUGAGUAACAUUACAGGACUGGUGUUUGUUACAUGUGUAGUUUCUCUUAUCAGGCUUAUACAGGUACUACCAGCUUCUACACUGUCUGUACUCUACCAUAGUAAAGGUAUUAGACUGAUAAGAAGGAAUCUUCGAUGUGCAGUUUCUCCAGGGGCCAAACAAACGUUAAUAAACAAACAUAUGUGUGUGUUGCAGGCGGGAGUGUGAGUUUGAGGAUGACUGUGACAGCCUGGCCUGGGAGGAGACAGAGGAGACUCUGCUGCUGUGGGAGGACUUCCCAGGAUGCACUCUGGCUCCAGAGACCACCCGCCAGCCAGGAGAGGUAUGGAGCACUUUAGAAUGUUGAUGUUUAGGUAUUCCAUAGUAACUCUAUGGGGUUAACUGAUGUUAUAACCUUGUAGGUAGUACCUUCAACUUCUCAGAAGUACAAAUUGAUGACUUAGUGCAGUACCUUUGUCCAAGUAGUUAUAUUGUUUUAAUGAUUUGUACGGAUAUCUUUAUGCAGAGGCUACACAACAGUCCAUAGACAUUUAUCAGGAGUUUCUGUAUUCACAGUUACUCAUUUUAUAGCAUUGUCAAUUGUAUUUUCCAGGAAAUGGUUUUGAAUAGAGCUAGACAGAUGAGUUGGGUGAGGGAUGGGGUAAUGGCCUGCUAAAAGCAGGGUUUAUUGCUCACAGGCAUUGGGCCUGGCUGUCUGAUCUCAGUGGUACUAGAGGUCUAAACUGACCUUCACUCCUCUGGGAAAUAUAUUUUAGCAGGCAAUUUUUCCUAGCACACUCACACACUCCACAAA